AUGAGUGCCCUGCAAGGUGUAUUUUCAAUUGUAGGGGCAAUUGCAGGGAGAUUAGUUGAGCCAGUGAUGCUCCACGUUGGUUUUGUUUUUCAAUACAAGAAGAAGCAGGAGAAUCUGGAAGUUGAAAUUAAAAACCUUGAAGAGCUGAUAGAACAAAUCAAAGAAAAAGUUGAUGAAGCUAUUACUCGUGGUGAAGAAGUUAAUGAACCUGUUUCAAAUUGGCUAGCGGAGGUGGAAGAAAGAGUUCCGGAAUUUAAGGAUGAAAAUACUGUUAACGAAAACAUGCAGUGCUCUGUAUUCUUAUGUCCGGACUACAUCUUGCGUUACAGAAUGGGCAAGGAAGCCGAAAACAAGAUCGCAGAAGUAAAAAAGUUCACUCAGAGUGGCAAUUUUAGCACAGUUGCACUUCCUAAGCCAUUUGCUCAAGAACUUCAAUUCACAUCGUCAAGUACAAGCUAUGUGAAUUUUAAGUCGCGAGAAUUGGUUUUCAAUAACAUCAUGGCGGCAUUACAAGAUUCCAAUGUUAAAAUGAUUGGAGUAUAUGGAACAGGAGGGGUUGGAAAGACGGCAAUGGUCGAAGAGAUUGGCAAACUAGUGAAAAAUGGACUUUUUGAUGAAGUCGUUGUGGCAGUUGUCUCUCAGGAUGCAAAUGUGAGCAAUAUUCAAGGGCAACUCGCUGAUCGCUUGAAUUUGGAACUAAAAGGGGAAACUGAAGUGGGAAAAGCAAGCAAAUUGUGGAAUAGAUUGAACAAUGGGAAGAAAAAUCUCAUUAUAUUGGAUGAUAUGUGGCAAGAAUUGAACUUGAAGACAAUAGGGAUUCCUAUCACUGAUGGAAACAAUUGUUGCAAAGUUGUGAUAACGUCUCGAAUCCGAGGUGUGUUGGAAAUGAUGCGUGUUGAUAGAUAUGUUCCAAUGCAAGUAUUAUUAGAGAAAGAAGCAUGGGCCCUAUUCAAGACAAAGGUGGGAAAUUCUAUCGAUUCUCCUGAACUCUAUGAUAUAGCUGAUGUAGUUUGUAAAGAGUGUGGAGGCUUGCCGGUUGCUAUACUUGCAGUUGGAGCUGCUUUGAAAGAUAAGAAAAAAUAUGUUUGGGAAGAUGUACUUGAUCAAUUCAAAGAUUCCAUGCUAAAGAAUAUUGCAGGAAUCGAUGCAAAGGUGUAUGCGGCAAGGAAAUUCUAG